AUGAAGUUUGGCUCUUGGAACGCCAACCAAGAGCUAUUUGAGUACACCUCUGGGCGUUUUCUAUUCAACGAAGAGCUUCGCCUCGCUGAGCGUCGCAUCAAAUUUGACGUUGAUGCUCUUGCAAGGACGGCAUGUCAUUCGGUGGACCGGCAUCUCGAUAGUGUGACUUCGAUCACAAAACUCGCCGAAGGGGGCUUUAACCGUGUUUUGCAAAUCACCUUCAGUGAUGGUUAUGCCGUGCUUGCAAGGCUGCCAUACAAUAAGACUGACCCGAAGCACUGUGCAGUAGUGAGUGAGGCUGCCACACUCGCUUUUCUACAUUCCCAUGGUAUCCCAGUCCCAAAGGUUCUUGCAUAUUCCCCGAACCCCAUGAACACGGUCGGAAGUGAAUAUCUAUUGCUCGAGAGACUCCCGGGCACACCCCUGAGUGAUCAGUGGUUCUCUAUGGAUACGAAUACAUGCGUCAAAGUCAUGAAGCAGAUUGUCGAUGUGGAGAAACAGUUUAUGAGUAUUGGCUUUCCAGCGAAUGGAAGUCUUUACUACCGACGUGACCUCGAAAGCUCACAAAGAGCCGUUCCAGCUUCUGAGGAUCAUAAUAUAUCCUCGCCAGAUCAGAUUGUCAUCGGCCCAAGUGCACAGCAUGAGUGGUGGUACCAGGAGCGUGCUCUAUUGCACAUUGACCGUGGACCGUGGAAUACCUAUUCCGCAUGCUUCGAAGCACCCGCCAGACGCGAGAUAGAAUUUUGUGAAAUAUUCGGCAAACCCCGACUCCACAUGGAACGAUACCUUCGAGAAUUGCACCAUUUUCAACCGCGGUCGCCUAUUCAGCACCGACUUGUCCUUUCUGACUACCUAAAGCUAGCACCAUAUCUUGAAAUCCCGUCAGACCACCGCCUAUCUCGCCCAACCCUUCGCCAUCCAGAUUUCUCACCGAACAAUAUCCUGGUGAAUGCGUCUAGCGAUGUGGUGGGUGUCAUUGAUUGGCAACAUGCGGUUGUGCUGCCCCUUUGCCUGUGCGCUGGUAUACCCGACCAUUUCCAGAACUGGGGCGAUCCAGUAUCCGAAAUGCUGGCCAAACCAGAGGUCGAAUUACCGGAGAACUUCGAUCAGCUAAGUCAGGAACAGCAAGCAACCAUUCAAGAGACGAAGCGAAGGCGCCUUGUCCAUUUCUACUACGCUGCUUUGACGAUGAAACAAACGCCGGACCAUUUUGACGCCUUUCGAGACGUCCGCUCCAUGCUUCGAGCUAAAUUAUUUCAUUAUGCCGGGGCUCCCUGGGAAGGUGACUCUAUAUCGUUGAAGCACGUCAUUCUAGAGAUACGUCAGAAUUGGCCCAUGCAUCUCGAUGAAGGUAUAAGUACACCACCACCUGAGUUUCCGGUCCACUACUCCGAGGAAGAGAUUCAGCAGUGCUUCAAUGACUAUGACCAGGAGCAGGAGAAGUUGGGAGAAUUAUCGGAGAUGAAGGAUCUCAUAGGCACGGAUGUGCUUGGUUGGGUUCCAAAUGAGGACCAUCUUGAACAUUCCAGGGCUGUGAUUCAGGCCAUCAAGGGGUCCUUGAUGGAGCACUCAAGCACUGAUACUGAGAGAACUGCAGUCCUGGACCACUUUCCUUUUGAUGAUCACGAAGAAAAUGUAUGA